AUGGGACUUGGAUUAAUUAAAAAAAUAAAUAUUUCUAAUGAAUAUCAGGAAAAAUAUAAAAUAUUGGAACAAGAAUAUUAUAAAUUAUUUAUCAAUAAUUGUAAGAAUAUUACAAAUUUUCGUUGGUAUACAACAUUACCCUUAUAUCAAUAUCCUGGAGCAUCAACUUGCUUUUCUCAACUUCGUACCCUUGUUAUUAUAUGUAAUCAAAGUUUAAUUUCAGAUAAUUUAUUAGGAAUCGCGCAAAUUUGUCUAGAUAUUGAAAAUUUGGAAUUAUGGAAUUGUGAUAGAGAUAAUCCGGGAUUAAUCAAAUUUAUUGAAAAUCAAAAAAAUUUACAAUCACUUUACUUACAUAAUAGUAUAAAAAGUGGAAGGAAAUGUAUACAAUUAAGUGAAAUAAUAGAAAAAAAAGCAGUUACAUUAAAACGAUUUUCUUUAGAGAAUGUCUUGCUCUCACCAAAAUUCUUACCAUCAUUGAUAAAUUUAGAGCAAUUAAAGCUUAAAAUUGAAAUUUAUUAUUAUUUAUCAGAACAAGAUGUACAAGAUUGGAAAAAGUAUUUAUUAAUUGCUUCUUUUCCAAAACUACAAUAUCUCAAAGCACAAUAUUUACCACCUCAUGGAGUUUGUAGGUUAAUUGAAAAUUCUCAAAAUAUUAAAGAAAUUGAUACAUCGAAUAAUUUUCGAGGGGAAGAUGCUGUAUAUAAUAUAGAAUUAUUCAAAGUAAUUGCUAAAAAUUGUCCAAAUAUUGAAAGCUUAAAUGUUAAUACUUAUUUGAAAAAUUUAGGUGGUAUUAAAGAAAUUAUCUUAAAUUGUAAUAAAUUAAGAAAAUUAGACAUUUAUAUAAAUUUUGAAGAAGAUGAUGGCGAUGAUCAUGGACAUGAAAUUAUUUGUGAUGAAGUGUUAAAUUAUUUAUUAAAUUAUUCAUCAAGAAAUUUUGAUGAAUUUGCCUUUAGUGAAUAUUGGAGGUUUUCAGUUAAUAAUCUAAAAAAUUUUUUUGAAGGUUGGAGAGGUAGAAAACCAAUUAAAUUUAUCACACAUUUUGAUAGAUGUUAUUAUUUUACCCAAGAGCAUGUUAAAAUUGUACAGAAAUAUUAUGAUGAAGGAGUAAUUGAUAAAAAUACUAGAUUUUUAUAUGGCGUGAACGAUUAUUAA